AAAAACAAAGUAAAACCCGGAAAAAGGAAGUAGCGGAGUUAUCCGUGAGUACCGACAUAAACACAUUAGGAAAACACACUAACGCAAAAGAGAAGACAUGUGUUAAAAUAGAGACUUUGUGGUGUUCAAAUUGGGGUCAAAAAACGUCUUUGAGGCGGUAAAGUUCACAGCAUGUAAGGCUCCCGUUGAGCUCAUUGUGGCGACGAGAUGCUGCGACGCCGGAGAAACUGAUGGCCACAAAGUGUUCAGUGUUGUGAUGGUCACCCAUUUCUACCCGCCUGGGCUAAAUCCACCGUGCUGUGUGUUAUCGGUGAACGCAUCUGUAUUUCUUCCCGGUUUUCCUUUCGCUGCCGUGAAAUCACAUGAUCGGAGUCCACUGAUCGGAGCCUACGAUCAACAAAUCUGGGAGAAAUCGCUGGAGAAAGCGGAUCUUGGUGGAUUGGAGACCAAACCAAAGAGGACAUGUCACAUCAAGCAAGAUUUAAUUGAUGUUGAUUUAGUAAGAGGAUCCACUUUCAGCAAAGCCAAACCAGAGAGUCCGUGGACGUCUCUGACCAGGAAGGGUCUGGUCCGGGUUCUGCUGUUUCCCCUCUUCUUCCGGUGGUGGAUCCAGGUGACCUCUAGGUCCAUCUUCUCAUGUAUCCUGAUCUUAUACUUGAUGCAAGUGGCAGCCGUGGCGCUGUAUCUGGAGGUCCCCAGGGCGAGUGCCAGCGAGGUGUUUGGGCCCGUGUGUCUCCUGCUGCUGCUGGGCACCGUGCACUGCCAGAUUGUGUCGACCGAGUCCAGCCGGGGUCCUUUAGGCAGUCCGUCUGCGGGCAGCAGCAGCAGCUCCAGCCCCGCACGCCGGAGGAGGCCAAGGAAGAGCAGAGUGUUGAAAAAAUCAGAAGAAAAGAGUGACAAUGGGAACGCGGACCUUCAGGGGCCAUGGCAGUUCGAAGAAAGCCAGAGAUUAUUUAGGACAGAGGAAAUCAGGAGCAAAAAUCAGCCGGGCUUUGGCACGUCUGAUGAGCUCUCCAGUGAUGAAGAGGAGAGCACGCAGUCAGUGGAAGUAAUUAGAUCGCAGCACCACCACGAGACGCACUCUGCAACUCUAAAGCCAUCCUCUCUAUCAGCGCCUUCUGUCCGGAAAAGAAACGUAAAGUCUAAUCCCAAGUCUGCAUUGAGGCCUCAGGAAGGGAGCGGGGCGUCCAUGGAGGGGAAGCCUCAAGCCGUGGAGCGCCUCAGGCCAAAGCUGGGCUCUCACCCGGCCUCCGACACGGACGACACAAUGUGGGAGGAGCUCCUUCAGGAUCCUGACUCCGCCUCCACAGGGAGCAGCAACAGUGAGGACAGCGGGAGGUAUAACCCCGGAAUGCCCCCCCCACAUAACACCAAUCUGAGCAGUGACGAUGAAAGCCUGCAGCAAGGAAUCCCCGGUAGUCAGCUGAACUGGCUUCAGGCAUGUCAUCCAUCCAAGGACCGGGUCAGUGCCAUCAUAUGGGAGCAGGGCGAAUGCAAGAAAGCAGACAUGUCCGUGCUGGAGAUCAGCGGGAUCAUCCUCACGCGAGUGAAAUUAGUGGAGCAAGGCUUGGGUUAUCUUGUCUUCAGUGGGAUAAUGGCCGCCACCCUGGCGCUGCUCCCCUUCGCCUUCCGCCUGGCUCAGCGUCUGGACAUGUCCAGCCUCAGCUCGCACUCCCUCAUGCAGCUGGUGGAAAUAGCGCUGGGGCCGCUGGACUUCCAGGCUUAUGCCUUUUUCCUUAUCACCACGGUCCAGAGAGUCUGCCUCUCGGGGCUGUUCUUUUUCAUGAUGUGUGUGGCCGAGAGAACCUACAAGCAGAGGCUGUUAUUUGCCAAGUUCUUCAGCCAUCUGACGUCAGCUCGCAAGGCAAAGAAAUCUGAGAUCCCUCAUUUCAGGCUGAAGAAAGUACAGAACAUAAAGAUGUGGUUGUCCCUCCGAUCCUUUCUCAGGAGACGAGGGCCGCAGCGCUCCGUUGACGUCAUCGUCUCCUCUAUUUUUCUGCUGGCGCUUUCCAUUUCCUUCAUCCUCUGUGCCCAGCUUCUGCACAGCCACAAGACAUUCCUCGAGUCUCUGACCAACUGGGAGCUCAUGGUGUGGGGCUCUUCCCUCACCCUCUUUCUGCUGCGCCUGGCCACGCUCGGAUCAGAGACCAACAGCAAAUACAGCAACUCCUCGGUGCUGCUGACUGAGCAGAUUAACUUGUAUCUGAAGAUGGAGAAAAAGCCCAACAAGAAAGAGCAACUCAAUAUCGUGAACAACGUGUUAAAACUGGCAACAAAGCUAAUGAAGGAGCUGGAUACUCCCUUCAGGCUGCUGGGGCUGACUGUGAACCCUCUUAUCUACAACAUCACUAAGGUCGUCAUCCUGUCGGCUGUGUCUGCGGUGAUCACCGACCUGCUCGGCUUCAACAUCAGAGGGGGGGGGGGGGGGGUUGGGGGGGGGGGGGGGGGGGCUGACGUAGAGUCUGAGCAGGCAGCAGCGGCCCAGGACGCAUCUCAGCAUCAAGGACAGGAGCUGCUGUGGAUCCGGAGGUUUCCGGGCGGGUUUCUGGGCACCCGGGCGUCUGCGGAGGCAUAUUUUUGCUUACCGAUCAGAUCAGCUCGGGCCAUGUCUCUUCUUUGAAGAAGCGCAGAUUUUUAAGAACUGAAAUCGGAAUUUCAACAUGUCGUGCACCCAAAGAGACGGUGGACCCUCCACGAACUCAACAGAUGCCAAGAAAAAUGAGAAGAAAUGCUCAUGGGCCUCCUACAUGACAAAUUCUCCCACUGUGAUCGUGAUGAUCGGGCUUCCAGCGAGAGGAAAAACCUACAUGUCCAAGAAACUCACACGUUACCUCAACUGGAUCGGCGUCCCGACCAAAGUGUUUAACUUGGGUGUGUACCGCAGAGAGGCUGUCAAAUCCUAUAAGUCCUAUGAUUUCUUCCGCCACGACAACGAGGAAGCCAUGAAAAUAAGAAAGCAGUGUGCUUUGGUGGCUCUGGAGGAUGUGAAGGCGUACCUGACGGGGGAGGGAGGUCAAAUAGCAGUUUUCGAUGCAACAAACACAACAAGAGAGCGACGUGAUCUUAUUCAAGAUUUUGUUAAGGAGAAUGCAUUCAAGGUGUUCUUUGUGGAGUCUGUGUGCGACGACCCAGAUGUCAUCGCUGCAAAUAUUCUGGAAGUGAAGGUGUCCAGCCCGGACUACCCCGAGAGACACCGGGAGAGAGUCAUGGACGACUUCCUGAAACGCAUUGAGUGCUACAAGGUCACUUAUCAACCAUUAGAUCCUGAUGACUAUGACAAGGACCUCUCUCUCAUCAAAGUCAUAAACGUAGGCCGGCGCUUCCUGGUGAACCGGGUCCAGGACUACAUCCAGAGCAAGAUCGUCUAUUACCUCAUGAACAUCCACGUGCACUCGCACUCCAUCUACCUGUGUCGACACGGAGAGAGCAACCACAACGUGGAGGGACGCAUAGGCGGAGACGCCGAACUUUCUCCCCGAGGGAAACAGUUCGCACACGCCCUGCGGGAUUUCAUCGACGAGCACAAGCUUUCAGACUUGAAGGUGUGGACGAGCCAGCUGAGAAGAACAAUCCAGACGGCCGAGGAGCUCGGGGUGCCUUACGAGCAGUGGAAGAUCCUCAACGAGAUCGAUGCAGGUGUGUGUGAGGAGAUGACCUACGAGAUGAUCCAGGAAACAUUCCCAGAGGAAUUUGCUUUGAGGGACCAGGAUAAGUACCACUAUCGCUACCCAGGAGGAGAGUCUUAUCAAGAUCUGGUGCAGCGGUUGGAGCCUGUAAUCAUGGAGUUAGAAAGACAGGGCAACGUGCUGGUGAUCUGCCAUCAGGCUGUGAUGCGCUGUCUUCUGGCUUACUUCCUGGACAAGGGUGCAGAGGAUCUUCCGUACAUGAAAUGUCCUCUCCACACUGUGCUCAAGCUCACUCCUGUCGCAUAUGGUUGUAAAGUGGAGAUGUUUUACCUGAAUGUGGAGGCAGUAAACACACAUCGAGACCGACCACUUGGUAACAUUCCAAUGGACUCCGCUCUCAUACACCGCCGGAAUAGUUACACUCCCUUGUCCAGUCACGACCAGGUCAAGCGUCCCCGGCUCUACAGCGCGGGCAACCAGCCCUGGCUGCCUCUGGCCCCCACCCCGUCGGCUCUGAUGCCAGAGGGACUGCAAAGCCAAGAGUCAUUGUGUGAAGGAAUCGACUUUGAUGGCGCAGAAGAAACUAGUGGCUGUGUCCGUUUCUGAGUGACAACCGGAUCCCCCAUCCCCUGUUUUUAUACACAGUGUGCACAGGUUCCCAUCAUUCAUAACUCUAAAGCUGGAACUAUUUCUUUUCCCUUUUUUUGUUUAAAAAACGCAUUGUUGAAGAUGUUGAGACUAUGGGAGGACAAUGUGGACACAGUGACAGGUUCUUAUUAAUCCCGAACUGUCUAUUUCUAUGCUGCAUGCUGAGGCUUUGCAUUAGUAUCAGAAGAAGUUCUGCUUGUGCACCA